GUGACUUGGUGGAGGACCGACGUCACUGUUUGUGUGCUCGCUUGGGGAAGAUGGCGGAGGCUGCGGCUGUUCCCCCGCAUCGGUUUUUUUGUCACUGUUGUAAGGGAGAAGUAAACCCCAAACUACCGGAGUAUAUCUGUCCUCGCUGCGAGUCGGGCUUCAUCGAGGAAGUGACGGAAGAUUCCAGCAGCCUCUUAGAGGGAGACGCCAACGGACUAGAUGACACAACCAAUCAGUUUGCAGAGCUUUGGCACCUGCUGUUAAUGGAGCGGCCCUUUUCCAUCGACGGCGACAACCCCGACUCGGAACCACGGCUCCCCGGCGGGCGCCUGGCCGGGCUUGGCGACUUCGGGGGUUUCGCAAGCGGACCCAUCGGGGGCUCGGUCCCCGCUGGCCUCGGGGGGCCCAUGGCGGGUUCGCUAGGCGCCGGCGACCACUGGGGCCCGGCACGACCCCCGCGCCUACACACCCAGAGGAGGCAUCGGUCCAGAGUCAGCAGCAGGCCCGACCGCUCGCCCGCUGUCGAAGGGAUUGUACAACAGUUCCUUGCCGGUCUUUUCGCCAACUCGGGAGUCUCGGGCACGCCGCCGUUGUCAUGGACAGGCAUGCUGCAUUCCAAUCCGGGAGACUACGCCUGGGGACAGGGAGGCCUGGAUGCUGUAAUAACACAAUUACUCGGUCAGCUGGAGAACACAGGGCCUCCUCCAGCCGAGAAAGAGAGGAUCUCUUCUCUACCCUUUGUGAAUAUUUCUCAGGAACAAGCAGACUGUUGUAUGGAAUGUCCAGUGUGCAAAGAAGACUUUGAGGUGGGCGAGCCCGUCAGACAGCUCCCCUGCAACCACUUCUUCCAUUCAGCCUGUAUCGUACCCUGGCUGGAGAUGCACGACACGUGUCCGGUUUGUCGGAAGAGUUUGAACGGCGAAGACAGCAGCAGUCAGCCCCCGUCAGAGCCCCCCUCGCUCUCCAUGGACCCCCGCACACAGGAGAGAUGGUCCUUCUGAAGCUGGACGGGGGGAAAAAAAAAAAAAAAAGAAGAACUCGCCUGGGAGCCGCUUCUCGCUCCCCUUCACCUCCGUUGCCGUCUUAAUCACUUUUUUUUUGGUAAUUUUCUGGUUAAUAUCUUUUCCCCUGAACCAUGUACACACACAGAUCUUAAAGGAGACAUCAUGAUACAUUUGGGCAAAUUCUUGCUUCAGUUAAAAGUCCAGGAUACUUUUGGGAGGUCUGUUUCAAAUACCUUAAAGACAUUUGUAUACAAGCAAUUAGCUGGUCAGUUUUCAUACUAAGUCCCCUUUAAGGUCUCUUUUCCGUUUCAGACGAAGCCCAUCCAUGUUUACCCACUCCCCCCCACCUUAAACACAAUUUGGGACAAAAGUCGGCUUUUGUAUCUGAAAAGUCGCCACAUUGCUGUAAACAUUCUGUAUUUAUUGUUUGACGGUCCACGAGCGUAUUUCUUUGGUUUAUCGUUUUGUUUUAAGUAUUCUUAAAUGGGAAAUUGCAGCUUAAAACUCUCACACCAACAAAACCAUCAUCGCUCGUCCCUUUUUUUUCUUCUUCAAUUCCACCUAUUUCUGAUGCUGUACAUCAGAUUAUAGUCUGAUGUCAUCCCGCUCAUUUUAGUCCUCUGCGUAUGACCACAUUUUUACAACUUGUUUUUUUUUAUGUAAAUAAUUGUAGUCCACAAACCUAAAAGGUUUGCAAAGAAAAACAACAGGCGCAAAUGUGAAUGGCACACAUGGGUAACAAACUGUAUAUUAUAUAAAUGAAAAAUGUCUAUCAUGUAUUAAUAAAGUGACUAAAAAAAACA